UAAAAUAAUAUAAAAUUAAAGAAAGUCCAUCACUUUCACUCUCCUUUCUCAUAGUCGCACUUCCAGAAGUGAGUGUUAGGGUUAGGGUUAGGGUUUUAGGUUUCAGAAGCUCGAUGGAAGAGAUUACAGAGGGUGUCAACUCCAUUGCAUUGACAGCUGAUUCGCAGAAGAAGAAUCGAAUUCAAGUCUCCAACACCAAGAAGCCCCUAUUCUUCUAUGUUAAUCUCGCCAAGAGGUAUAUGCAGCAGUACAAUGAGGUCGAGCUUUCUGCGCUUGGAAUGGCCAUUGCAACUGUUGUGACUGUUGCGGAAAUUCUGAAAAACAAUGGACUGGCUUUAGAAAAGAAGAUAAUGACUUCUACUGUUGAUAUCAAGGAUGAUUCUCGUGGGAGACCAGUUCAAAAAGCUAAGAUUGAGAUUGUGCUGGGGAAAACUGAAAACUUCGAUGAACUGAUGGCUGCUGCUGCAGAGGAAAGGGAAAACGAAGAUGGUGAAGAGCAGAGUUGAAAAGGAUUUCACUUCCAUCAACAAAGCUAAAGGAAAGCGGAGACAAAACAUGUUACUUCAUGGCACAGAGAAUAUCACUCAAUAGAGCCGGUUUCAAACUAUGUAUUAGUUCCAUUUGGCAAUGUGAUGCUCGAAUUCAGCUAUUCAAACUGUACUUUAUGUAUGACCAUAAACCUCUUUUUGUCACUGAAAAUUUGUGGUUUUAGUCCAUUUUUAUCUCUUAGAUAUUGAAAA